AUGUUGGAGAACCAACCUCCCCACAAGAAGCGCCGUCUCACGCGCACCGCCUCUCUCCACAUCUACUGCCACCCCGAAGAUGACCACCGCACCGACGCCGCAGCAAACAAGAUGGCGGCCAAUGGGCCUGCAACGGCGGCCUCCCUCGGAUCCGAACCCAUGGACACCGACAUUGUCGAAGAAAUUCUCCCUACAGUAAAAGUACCGAGUAUCGCGACCGCCGCCUACGGCGACUACAUCGAGAGCCUCCCGAUCAAUGUUCUUUUCCAGGCCCGGAUCCAAGCCUCACCGGCCAUACGCACAAUGUAUCCGCAGGCCUUGGUCGGUGAGUCAAUUCGGCUGUGGUAUCCAGACUACAAGUGCUUCAACGGGGUGCUACAUGAUGGGAUCGUGCAGCGACUGGGGGUCCAUAGGGAUGCUGUGAAUUCGCUGAGGAUUGUUGCGAGGAAGGGCGGGGAACUUAUGUGGGAUGGUUCGUUUGCGUGUUUUGAGAACCAGUGGGAGGAGGCGCUGGGAGAGCUGAGGAAGAAUGGGGUGGGGAGGAGGGUGGAAGGUGGGUUGAGAAGUGCGGAUAGUGUGAGGUUGCUUGUGGGUUUAUAUUGCCCCGCUAGUGAUUAA